AUGAACCAACUCGCUUCGCUAUUACUUCUCGCCUCUGCCCUUUCCGGCAAUGCAGCUGCAUCAUCUAAAGGCCCUCCAUCAAACACAGGCCUGCUACAGAUGGUUACGUACGUCAAGCGUAACCCCAACAUGACGCUCGACGAAUUCUGGCAGUAUUGGGAUACCCAGCAUGCUCCCAAGGUGAUCCCUCUAGCAACGCACUUUGGCAUCGCUCGAUACCAACAGGUCCGAGUCUCAGGGAAGAUUGUCCCGACCGAUGCCGGCGCCACCGAGCCGGUAUCGAAUAACCUCGUGGACUUUGACGGGAUCGCCAUGUUCCUUUACGAGUCAGCUGAUGUCUUGAUUGAUAUGCUCUCUCAUCCUUACUAUGUCAACGUCGUUGAACCGGAUGAGCAUGUCUUCAUUGACAAGUCAGCUCAUGGAAAUGGCAUGGUCGCUACAUACAUCGGCGAGCAUAUCGAUGCAGUGGACGAUGCCAAAAGUGUUUGGAAGGGAGACAAGAAGACACUUUCGAAAUACCAGAAGUUGUUCAAGAAGUAUUGA